CGAGUCCGGGGGCUGGAGAGCAGCCGCCCGGCUUCUCCUCCGCUACCACUGGAUCGGACGCUCUCUCCUCUCUCUCUGUCUCUCUUGUGUGUCCUCCACCACUUCUCAGCAUCUUUCUCAAAUGGCCAGAAUAGUCAAGUAUGGACACACUGCUAUUGGGAAUGGACUGUGUCCAAACCUCUGAUAAAAAGACCUCUUCCAGUGGAGAUUUUCAACCUAGCACACUGAACUGGACUCUAUAGAUGAAAGGAUAGUCUUCUAACUCAUUGUCAUCAGACCCUAGUGUGAAGAUCAGAUGGUGCCAGGAAAAAGCUGUGCCAGGCUGUAAACGGACAGCUUCUUCAAAGCUUUGAAUACGACAGCAACGGUGAAGGUAGCUUCCGUUUUGCAAAGGAAGACCCUGCGCCCAGCAUGAAGGCCUGUACAGAUUAUUUCUCCUUCGUGGUGCCCUUCUUGUUACUGAUGGCAUGCCCAACAGUAGCCGUUAGCUUCCCUGAAGAUGAUGAACCCAUUAACACAAUAGAGUUCCAACAUUCAAGACAAUAUCCAAUAUUCAGAGGGCGGCUUUUAGGAAACGAAUCUUUACAUAGAUUGGACUAUCAGCUGAUGUUGAAAAUCGAAGAUAUACUUUAUAUUGCUGGCAGGGACCAAGUCUACGCUAUUAAUUUAAAUGAUCCUCCAAGGGCAGAAAUCAUUUCUAGCAAAAAACUAACCUGGAAGUCAAGGCAGCAAGACAGAAGUAACUGUGCCAUGAAGGGCAAACACAAAGAUGAAUGCCACAAUUUUAUCAAAGUCUUUGUCCCCAAAUCUGACGACACUGUUUUUGUUUGUGGCACAAACGCUUUUAACCCUGUAUGCAGAUAUUAUCGGUUGGAUACUUUGGAUUAUAAUGGCGAAGAAGUCAGUGGAUUGGCACGGUGCCCAUUUGAUGCCAAGCAAACCAAUGUUGCCCUCUUUGCUGACAAUAAAUUGUACUCCGCAACAGUUGCUGAUUUCCUAGCCAGCGAUGCUGUCAUCUACCGUAGUAUGGGAGAUGGAUCAGCUCUCAGGACAAUUAAAUACGAUUCAAAAUGGAUCAAAGAGCCUCACUUCCUACAUGCUGUUGAAUAUGGAAACUAUGUGUAUUUCUUCUUCCGAGAAAUAGCUGUUGAACACAACAAUCUUGGAAAGGCUGUUUAUUCACGUGUAGCAAGAAUUUGCAAGAAUGACAUGGGAGGAUCACAGCGGGUGCUGGAAAAACACUGGACAUCAUUUCUAAAAGCUCGUUUAAAUUGCUCAGUUCCUGGGGAUUCGUUCUUCUACUUUGAUGUAUUACAGUCUAUCACAGACAUUAUAGAAAUCAAUGGGUACCCGACUAUCGUUGGAGUAUUUACAACCCAGCUUAACAGCAUCCCUGGAUCGGCAGUUUGUGCCUUCAAUAUGGAAGACAUUGAAAAAUCAUUCAAAGGAAGGUUUAAAGAACAGAAGACCCCAGACUCAGUUUGGACUGCUGUGCCAGAGGAUAGGGUACCAAAGCCUAGACCCGGCUGCUGCGCAGGACAUGGUCCAGCAGAAUCUUACAAGAUCUCCAUUGAUUUCCCUGAUGAAACACUGGCCUUCAUCAAAUCCCAUCCAUUGAUGGAUUCUGCUGUUCCCUCGCUCAUAGAGGAGCCCUGGUUCACCAAGACAAGGGUCAGAUACCGUCUGACAGCAAUUGCCAUUGAUAAUGCUGCAGGUCCUCGUCAGAACUAUACAGUUACCUUUACUGGUUCAGAAGCUGGCAUGGUGCUUAAAGUGUUAACAAAAACCACUCCAAAUUCUCUAAACGACAGCAUACUACUGGAGGAAAUGGAUGUUUUUAACCCCUUAAAGUGUAACGCUGCUAAUGAAGAUGACAGGAAAGUCCUGGGAUUACAGAUUGACAAAGAUCACCAUGCUCUGUUCGUGGCCUUCUCCAGUUGUGUCAUUCGAGUUCCUCUCAGUCACUGUGAACAUUAUGGCACAUGCAAGAAAGCUUGCAUUGGUUCACGAGAUCCAUACUGUGCCUGGCUGGAUAAUAAAUCAUGUGGAAUUGUGAGACCAGGUAUAAACACCGUGUUUGAACAAGAUGUAGAGUCCGGCAACACAGCACAUCUUGGCGAGUGUCACGAAAUCUUGGCCACCACACCAGAUUACAAAACAUUUGGUGAUCCAACAUCUGACACGGAUUUAUCGGCAGUCUCUGCUUCCACGGGUGCAAGUGGCCCAGUAGUGUCUCCAAACCUGAUUGGUUCACGAAAAGUUGAAGUACAAGAUGAUAUGGACACUUAUGAUUAUUUUGAACCAUUAUCUGCUGUCCCCAAUGGUGUACGAUGGGAGGUGCAAUCUGGAGAUGCAAAUCAGAUGGUUCACAUGAAUGUUCUGAUUACCUGCGUUCUUGCUGCUUUUGUUCUGGGAGCCUUCAUUUCUGGCAUAGCUGUGUACUGUCACCGGGAUACCUACUUACGCAAAGCUAGAAAAAUGAACAAGGAUGCAGAAUCUGCACAAUCCUGCACCGACUCAAGUGGAAGUUUCACAAAGUUCAAUGGGCUAUUUGACAGUCCGGUCAAGGAGUAUCCACAAAAUAUUGACACACCUAAGCUUUAUACCAACUUGCUAUCUAAUGGCAAGGAGCUACCACCCAGCAGUGAUGCAAAGUCUAUGAUUGUGGAUAACCAUGGGCAACCUCCAGAACUGGCAGCGCUGCCAACUCCCGAAUCUACACCAGUGCUUCAGCAGAAAAGUAUUCAACCAAUCAAGAACCAGUGGGAGAAAGCCCAGAACAAUAUUAAUGCAGCAAGGAAGGAAUCACCUUUAAAAAGCCCUCAAAUUAUUCCAUCUAGUCCUCCUCCCCAUUCACCUAUAAACCAUAGUGGUCAAAUACCCAGCGCAGUGGUGCUUCCCAAUGCUACCCAUGCCUACAACAUGUCUUUCUCAAAUUCUAAUGCACACAAAGCUGAAAGGAAGGUACAGAACAUAGAAAUGUCAAUGACUGGUCAUUCAAGUAAAAAAGAACAGCGAAGAGCUAUUGAGGCAAGAAACACACUAAAUGACCUUCUGAAACAUCUCAAUGAAAGUGGUAGCAAUCCGAAAGCUAUUUUGGGAGAUGUCCCCAUGACUCGUCAAAACAUAAUGCUAGACCCAAUGACCAAAAUAGUUGAAAUGCCACCCAAGGUUCCAAACAGAGAGGCCUCACUGUAUUCUCCUUCUUCUACUCUACCAAGACACAGCCCAACUAAGAGGGUGGAUGUUCCAACAACUUCAAACAUCCAACUGUCAAGUUUAGAGAGAGAGCGGGGCUACCCAAGAAAUUCUUCACAGAGGCAUUCAAUAUCCGUACUCCCCAAAAAUGUUAUCAGUUCAUUAAAUGGAGCUGUGUUGUCACGACAUCCCAGUUUCAAUAGGGGAGGGUACUUCCCUCCGGCACCCCCCAUGAGAAUGGAUUCUGUACAUGGUACUCCCCUUGUUAUUCAACCACAACCUGGCUCUUUGUCCCGCCAGAGCAGUUACACAAGCAAUGGUACACUGCCUCGAUCAGGAAUAAAGCGAACACCAUCCAUUAAGCCAGAUGUGCCACCAAAACCAUCAUUUGGUCAACCCACAACUCCAGUCAAACCACUACACAAGUACAGUUACUAAGAGUAUUCAUUUCUCAGUUAAUGUGAUGUGGGAGGACUUGAAGAUCAAUAUUGCUUAAAGCUACCAGUGACAAUGCUCUGAUAGAUACACAAAGAAGUGGCCAAAGUAGCUACAUUUCCUCAAAUGGCAUCUUUAAUUAAGACUGAAGGCAGGAAUGUUCGCCUGCCGCACGAAGAAGAUGCUAUGUAAUACAAAAUGUAUUACUGUUAAGAUUUGGAGCCUUGGAGAAGUGCAACAUGGAAUUUAUCCUGUGAAAUUAGUUAAAGCAUCAACGUACAAGGAAAUACUUGAACAAUGGUUCCAUUUUCACUGCUGUUGAGCAUCGUCUUCCCAUUAAAUGUGAACACUUUUAAUGACAGAACCCACAUUUGUCUUGUUGCUUGCACAGAUGUUUCAUGACUUUUCAUAAAACUUCUGAUUUCAUCAGCUGUGCUUUGGUUUGACAAAAUGCCACUGUAGCCCAAUUGUAGCAAAGACAAAUACUUGGUGGCAUUCCCUCUGAACGUCACAGAUAAAUGUGUAAGCUACACAGACUAGGAUGCACUUAGUGGUUCUUGUUACAGCUGUUUUGCUGUGUUGCCUGAUAUACUGAGCACGACAGAACUCUGAAGUUGACCUGAACCUCCCUGUCCUACUACAGAUUUACUUGGACCAUAUCACUGUGUUGAGCGCAGCUACCUGUCUACGGCUAUUUUCUUUUAGAUGGUGUCUACAUAGCUUAACCAAAUGUAACAUCCACUACAUUCAACGCUUACAUCAAUAAUUGUAAAUUCAUACAGUCAAUUUAUCUUGCAACUGUAGACAAGGAGCUGCCCUGCCACAGAGAUGGGCAGUGUACAAGAUAAAGGAUAGUGCAAUCACUUUGUUAAGGAGUGUUUAAAUGUGAUUAAUAGGGCAUCCUGAAGAGUCAUGCAGGUAAUGACACUGUUCUGUAAAUAGCGUUUCUGUGUUCACCUGGAUUCUGUGCAUUUUGUGCCUUAUUCAAUAAGCAUUAUCAUUGAUAUUGAAAUCUUGUCAAGUGUUCUUGAACAGAAAAGCUGCUUUCCAGUGUGCCAGUUGUAUUUUAUUUUUAAAUAGUUUCAUAUAAAAUUAAAUAAUCAAGUCACAGCCUAAAAUGUAAAGAUGACCUGCAGCCAUUUAAUGAGAGGUGGAAGAAAAGACAAGUGAUCAAAAUUUUGGUAAACAUUCCUCUGUGCAGUUUUUGACAAGAACGAGGGAUAUUUUUUAAAAAGGUAGCAUUAGUUGAGCAAAAUUUACUUUAAGCGAGCUGGUGUGUCACAUUUAAGGUAUGUAAAAGCAUCAAGGUGCACAGGUAACCCAUGCUUCUUAUUGACAUUGACCAGAGGGGUCAACCUGCAUGGCUGAAAUACUAACUGAAUCAAAUGAAAGGUAGAAGUGUCCAGGAUAAAGUGGUAUAAUUCACUCACGGUAAUCAAAUCUAUAAGACACUGCAGAUUCCUUAAUGGCCAAUGGACAAACUGUUCAUUUCAACGCUGUCAAAGUUAAAAUAGUAAUUUUGCACCCAUUUUGGCUAAAGGUAAAAAAAAGCCCAAAUUGAUUAAACAAUGCUGCACUGUAUAUUGCAAUUUGAGCUCAUGCUCAAUUUUACAUUGCCAUUUUCAACUUCCUGUAUUGCCUUUACAUUUAGAUUCACCAACUACUUUCUCCAUUUGUGUUAAAGUAAACCCGGAUUGGUUCUCUUUAUGGUACAUUUGGCAAGCUAACCCAGAAAAGAAAAAAAAACUUGUUGUUGUUUAAUGGUCCUGAAGUAACAUGUAUAGAAAACUCUUGUAAACUUGUACUGUGGAAGUGUACAUAACUACAUACAUUUUGUUUUUAACACCGCAUGUAAAGUCAAAAUAAAAGAAUCAAAUGGAAUAUUUAA